AUGACGGAACCGCUUACCAAGGUCGACUCUGCUGUCGGAGGUCUCUCCCAGUCCCCCCCAAAGGAGCAAAAGACCCGCCGUCAAUCCUCGGCCGCCGCCCCCGGCGUCUACAACAUCAAAGAUCUCGAAGAACAAAAGAUUGAGCUGGAGCUCGCCCCGGAAACGCAACGGACAGGAUGGAAGAUCAACACUUCGUCCUCGACAGUGGAGGACAAGGAAAUCCUCAAGCUGCCGCUCUCGCAGCCGCCAGUCAAGAAGAUUGACCUGCACUUCCCCCUCGGCAUGGAAGUCACGGCGCGCAACCUCAAGGGCGUAACAAUAAAAGACGCACUGGACGCCAUCCACAAGGCAUAUAAGAAGAGGGCGGAUGACGAGCUCGACAAGCCGUACCUGGCAGGCUUCGAAUGGGACAAGGAAGAGUGCUGGACCCGGUUGGUCGUCCACCUCCAGAAGCAACCCGCGACAGGAGGCAGUGCCUUCGGCGGCGGCGGCGGCAAGAAGAAGAAGAACAAGAAGGCCGAAGGCGAAGAGUAA